AAACAUAGGUUAGAGGAUAGUUUUAAAUAUUUAUAUUUUAAAAAGGGUUACCUCUGUUUUAUAGUCUGUAGUGAUAAACUCACACACAAGAAAAAGGGCCGGACAGUAAUGAACGAGACGGAGCGAUACGAGGCUCUGAGGCACUGCCGCUACGUGGACGAGGUGGUGAAGGCUGUGCCGUGGUCCAUCAGCGAUGAGUUCCUAGAGAAACAUAAAAUUGACUUUGUUGCCCAUGACGAUUUACCAUACUCUUCCAAUGACUCGGAUGAUAUAUACAAACAUCUAAAAGACAAAGACAUGUUUCUGGCGACACAGAGAACAGAAGGAAUAUCAACGACAGACAUCAUUGCCCGGAUAAUUAAAGACUAUGACAUGUAUGUACGGAGAAAUCUGACACGUGGCUACAGCGCUAAAGAACUCAACGUCAGCUAUAUGAAG